AUGACUAAACAACAGAUUCCAAUCUGGCUAGAUUGUGACCCUGGAAACGAUGAUGCAUUUGCAAUCUUACUUUCGGUGUUCAACCCGCGCUUCAAGUUGUUAGGAAUAUCUACCGUUCAUGGUAAUGCACCAUUGGACAUGACGACACAUAAUACGUUAGCCAUGUUGGAUCUAUUGAAUAUAUACAGUAUCAAAGUUUACGAGGGUGAAGACAAACCGUUGGUAAAUGCUCCUCGCCAUGCAUUAGACGUCCAUGGCUCAAAAGGAAUUGGAGGGGUGGACUUACCGGAAACGUCAAUCAACAAAUGCGUCACUUCGAUUUCAUAUGUUGAUGCAAUUAAGGAAGCCAUUGAUGCACACGCCCAUGAAAUCUGUCUUGUUGUUACCGGCACAAUGACAAAUAUUGCUCUUUUGAUUAAAAAGUAUCCUGAGGUUGUUGAUAAGAUCAAGUAUAUAUCUGUGAUGGGAGGUAGCUUUGGUAUGGGUAAUGCCACUUCAUAUGCCGAAUUCAACUUUCACACAGACCCCCACGCUAUCAAAGCCGUUAUGGAUAAAUUGCAGGAUAAAAUGAUCUUAACACCAUUAAAUCUCACUCACAAAAUCAUAGCUAAUGGUGCUAUUCGGAAACAGAUUUAUGAUGAAGAAGAUGAAACAAGAAAUAGUCCGCUAAGAAAAGCCUUUUAUGAGAUAUUGAUGUUUUAUAGCAAGGCAUAUGCUAAACUAGAGGAUAUGAAGAGUGGACCUCCAUUACAUGACCCAGUAGCAGUCUAUAGCUUGCUUCCAAUCAUUGACAAAGAUUGCGCUAAAUACGGUUACCAAUAUUUAAGAAGAAAGUUGGAUAUAGUAAUUGGUGGACCUCACGAGGGAGAGAGCAUAAUCGUGAAUAAACUGUUACCGCUCGAUAAGUCAGAGAAUGAAAGUGUCUAUAUUGGGGAGAACUUGAAUGCACAACAGUUUUGGAGCUGCAUGUUAGAUGCAUUGCAUACAGCUGAGUUAAAUUUGAAAUAG